AUGCCAGCUCCGGCCACGAAUGCGAUCAAUAUUGACUUGAGUCAACUCAACACCGAUCAAUUCCAGACUUUGCUUCAACAGCUCCAAAGUCACGUUAAGCCUCCUGAGUCUCAUGUUCCCGUUCAACGCGCGUCUAUCACUGAGGGAGGUCAUAUGGCUGCUGAAUCGUCUGCUGGUAUCGAGUCUACUCAGGGCUUGAUGAUUGGUAGAGGAACUCUCAUCAACAACUCUAUAUUCUUCAAGUCACUGCUAAUUCUCCUUCAAAUUUCUGUGGAUCCUUGCAUGAUGAUGGUCUUCUUUGGCAUCAGCGCCUUGGCCAUCCAUCUUCUGCCAAGUUACAACAUCUUUCUGUCGAAUUUACCUUUGGUUUAUUGGAGUGAUUGUGUUUACACUGCUGUUUUUCUUAUCUAUCGCACUCCUUCUUUGCUUUUGAAUAAGCUCAGCCCUUUUGAAAUUUUGGCAAAGAAAACCCGUGAUUACUCUUUUCUACGUUCUUUUGGUUGUCUUUGCUAUGUUUCUACAUUGCCUAAAGAUCGUCAUAAGUUUUCCCCUCGGGCUGAUGCUUGUGUUUUCUUGGGUUAUCCAUCCGGUUGCAAAGGUUACAAAGUUUUACAUCUUGACACCAAUUCUAUUUCUAUUAGUCGAAAUGUGGUCUUUCAUGAAACUGUUUUUCCUUUUAAAAAUGAUUCUUCUAAUGUUUCCCCUGAUGUGUUUUCGAAAACGAUUUUACCCUUACCAAUUCCGGUUGGCCUUGACUUUCAUUCACCGGUUUCUAACAUUGCUCCUAUUGCACCUGAUUCUCAUGUUGUUCCUGCUGCAUCUCAUGUUCCUGCUACAUCUUUUGUUCCUGCUGAUUCUCAUGUUUCUGAUGCAUCGCAUUCAUCUCAUGCAUCUGCAUCACGCUCUAAUGCCACAUCUAUAUCACGAGAGACUGUUUCACAGGGCACAGGACAGAGUCGGCUUCUCAAUAACAUGUCACGACCUAAACGUGCGCCUAAGGCUCCUGGUUACUUAUCUGAGUACCACUGUUCCCUCACUCAAAUUUCUAAGCCUUUUGCUACUCCUUUUGAUAUUCCUUCUCCUGAUUCUAUUCCUUCCACCACUGUCUACCCUCUCUCAAAUGUUCUCAACUAUUCAGCCCUUACCCCACUAUAUCAGUCCUAUGUUCUUUCUUAUUCCCUUGAGACGGAACCAACGACGUUUAAACAGGCUAUGACUUCUCUGCAUUUUAGACAUGCAAUGAAUGAAGAACUUGAGGCCAUGGAAGUCAACAGGACUUGGACUAUUGAAUCAUUGCCUCCUGGUAAGAACGUGGUGGGUUGUAAAUGGGUUUAUACGAUCAAGUAUAAGGCUGAUGGAACUAUAGAGCGGUAUAAAGCUCGUUUGGUUGCAAAGGGGUUCACACAGCAGGAGGGUGUGGAUUUCACUAAGACCUUUUCUCCUGUUGCCAAGCUCACAAGUGUGAAGCAUCUUCUUGCUUUGGCGGCUAUCAAAGGCUGGAGUCUCUGUCAAAUGGACGUGUCCAAUGCCUUCCUCCACAGUGAUUUGGAUGAAGAAAUCUACAUGAGUUUACCACAGGGCUAUACACCUAGCUUUGGCUCUCUGCCUCCAAAUCCAGUAUGCCGUCUUCACAAGUCUUUGUAUGGCUUGAAACAAGCAUCACGGCAAUGGUAUCAUUGCUUAUCUGAUGUGCUUCUUCGCUCGGGUUUCAAGCAGUCUGCCUCGGACAACACACUUUUUGCCAAACAAGUUGGUGAAAAGUUCACUGCGGUGUUGGUCUACGUUGAUGAUAUCAUGAUUGCUAGUAACAGCGAGGAUGAAGUUACCUCUAUCAAAUCAUCUCUCAGCUCAGAGUUCAAGAUUAAAGACGUUGGCGAACUCCGAUUUUUCCUUGGCCUUGAGAUCGCUCGUUCUUCUCUUGGAAUCUCGGUGUGUCAACGGAAAUACGCUUUGAAUCUUUUAUCUGAUGCUGGUCUUCUGGGAUGCAAACCAAGCUCUGUUCCGAUGGAUCCCACCGUCAAACUAACGAAGGACUCAGGCACUGCACUCUCGGAUCCUACGUCUUAUCGAGCUUUGGUAGGUCGUCUUCUCUACUUGACGAUCACCAGACCUGAUAUUACCUUUGCUGUGCACUGUCUCAGUCAGUUCAUGCAUUUCCCGACGGAUGUGCAUCUUGCUGCUGCCCACAAGAUACUGCGUUAUCUCAAGAAUAAUACGGAUCAAGGUCUCUUCUACUCUGCUUCCUCACCAAUCUGUCUUAAUGCCUUCUCGGAUGCUGAUUGGGGAACAGAUACAGAGUCUCGCCGUUCUAUUACUGGGUAUUGUGUCUAUCUUGGCAAGUCUCUUAUCACCUGGAAAUCGAAGAAGCAGGAUGUGGUGAGCCGUAGCAGUACGGAGUCUGAAUAUCGGAGCAUGGCUCAAACUACUUGUGAGUUGCUUUGGCUGCAACAGUUGCUCACAUUUCUCCAGGUUGAGGUAUGCACCUUUGCGAAGCUUUUCUGUGAUAACAAGUCGGCUAUAUACAUCGCCACAAAUCCGGUGUUUCACGAGCGUACGAAACAUGUCGAGAUCGAUUGUCAUACCGUUCGUAAUCAAGUGAAGAAUUGGUUUUUGAAGUUGAUGUCUGUUGCCAGCGAGAAUCAACACGCUAACAUUCUCACUAAGCCGCUUCAUCCUGGUUCUUUCUACUCUCUUCUCAAUCGUUUCUCAGUUUCAAGUCUCUUUUCUUCGCAACGAGGCUCUGAAACAGUGACUUGA